AUGUCGCUUUUUACCGGAGCUUUCCUGAGACGGCCCAGGCCGCUUGCUGUAGCAAGAUAUGUGUAUUGGGCUAGAAAUCCCCUUCUUCGAAGAAACCUGAGAAUACCGGUGGCAGCAGCGACACCGUCGAUAAGAUCAUACUCCAAUGAACCCACACUUGAAAAGGGUGCUUCUCCCCGCGACAAACCGAAAAAACUAUCUAAGUUGAAAUAUAUCACCGAGAGAGAUUCCUUGCUGGCGCAGACCAACAAUGUCUUCACCAAGCUCAAGAUUAAUAUACGAUGGUUCUUGAAAAAAUCCACUAGGCCAUUCAAUUCAGACGAUAUAAGUGCAUUCAUCUCAUGGAUUCUCGUGAGCAACAUUUUCAUAUUCAUCUUUUGGACUACCACCUUUGUGUCCUUGGUCCUUUACUUGGUCAACACCGUGUUUGCGCAAGAAUUCCUCGCGAGCAAGAUCGGUAAGUUCAUUACCAAGAAUGAUUCGUUGUCGAUUAUCUUUGAGACUGCGAUUGUUCCAGACUGGUCGUCUGGGAAAAUCAGCUUCCAAAAGGUCUUCGUUUCCCGAAGGCCCAAGGUCUCGCAUGGAUUUGCCAAGGGUUCGCAGCAGGAUGCUUUGCAAAGAGCGAAGCUGGCUCUUAGCGAAAAAAUCCUGGUCAACCAACAGAACUUCGAUAACGGCAACUACACGCAAUUUGAUCUGACCAUCGAUCAAGUGGACAUAUCGUUGAACUUCAGGAAAUGGAUAAAUGGGAAGGGCAUCCUGGACGAAGUGACGAUCAACGGACUUAGAGGGGUGAUAGACAGAACACACGUGGCGUGGAAAAAGGACGAUGACCCCAAAAACUAUCUGAACGUCUAUCAGCCGGGCGAUUUUGAAAUAUCAAAAUUCACCAUGAACGACGUACUUUGCACACUGUACCAACCGAACGGGUUCAGGCCAUUCCAGGUAAGCAUAUUCAAUUGCGACCUACCCCAAUUGAGGAAGCACUGGCUGUUCUAUGAUAUUUUGAACGCGAACAACAUCAACGGAACCUACGAUAAUUCCAUGUUCACCAUUCAUAAGAAGUUCAGGACCGAUGACCAACAUCAGGACCCCACUUUGUUAUGGAAGCAAAUGACAAGGUUCAGGGUAGACAACCUAGACAUCGAUCACCUAAAUGCCGGCAUUGAAGGGCCCUUUGGAUGGAUCAGCGAGGGCCGCGUCAACAUGAUUGGCGACGUUCUUUUACCAGACGAAGACGCUGCGUCGGAUUCACUGCAGCUUACUGAGAUCCUCACAGAGAUAGGAAACCGGCUGUUAAAAGAAGCCAAAAGAUACACUUCAUCCUUCCCCCUGGUCGGUCCCGGAUUCUCUCGCACUGUCGACGAAAUCGACCCGAACGACUAUUUUAUCAUGGACUUCUCUCUGAAAUUGUACAACGUCAAAGCCGAGGUACCUCUGUUCACCUCGGGCCUGACAUACAUCAAUAACGCGUUGAUCAGGCCCAUUGUCGGAUACAUCAACUCUCAUAGAACAUAUAUCCCUAUUAAAUGCCGCAUUGUAAAGAAGAAAACCGACUUUGAAGGCUCGUGGACCAUAUAUGACUCAUACUUGAUCCGAGACCUUAGUGCAGAGGCGUACGAUGCCUUUGCCAACUAUGUCGCUGACGAUGAAAAGAGGACGCUACGCUUGAAAAGGGUCGGCUUUUGGUCGCUGCAACUUGUACUGCAAGUGAUACUAAUGAGUCUUGGUUCUAUUGCAUGA